AUACCUGGCAACGUUGAUAUGGAUCAACCUGGUCUGUGAAACGGAAAAAAGGGAAAAAAUGAAAAUGAUUGUAAACAUUUUUGACCGACACGCGAAACUAUUGCCAGUAUUCCUCGGAAUAAAUUGUUCUCUGUUGACCAACUGAUAUUAUCUUUAUGAAACUGAAGUUAGUAUUCUUAGCAUCUGAUUGACCAUUAUUCCUUCGAAAAACAGAUCGAAGCAAGUGAGCAUAAAUAGCGAAGUUCGAUAACCUCAAAAUAAGUGAAUUGCCAGAAAGAGUUCAGAGAAAUGUCCGGAAUUUUGUUCGAGGAUAUUUUUAAUGUCAAGGAUAUGGACCCGGAAGGUAAAAAAUUUGAUCGAUGUAGUAGAUUACACUGCGAAUCUGAAUCCUUCAAAAUGGAUUUGAUACUUGACAUCAAUUCGUGGUUGUACCCAAUGGAGCUGGGUGAUAAGUUUCGACUCGUUCUGGCCACAACAUUACACGAGGAUGGAACUCCUGCGAGUAUGGAAUACAAUGCAGCGGAAAUUGAAGGCUCCCGGGCUGAUAGUUUUGAGUAUGUUAUGUUUGGGAAAGUUUACCGAAUCGAAGGUGACGACGCUCAAUCCGAAUCUGCUAAUCGACUAUCUGCCUACGUCUCUUUUGGAGGAUUGUUGAUGCGACUGCAGGGAGACGCGAACAAUUUGCACGGGUUCGAAAUUGAUCAGAAUAUGUAUUUGCUUAUGAAAAAACUUGCUUUCUAGAUUAAGAUUUUAGACUGCUAUCAAUAAAGAUUCGUAACAAAUCACUCAGA